AUGAGCUUAUCUUCAUUCAAAAUACUUUGCAUUUUGUUUCUUACUUUUUCAAUUGUACUUGUACAAGCACAAUUUUGGGGUACAACAUCUUUAGGACAAUGUUAUGGUCGAUUUGAACAAUACCGUACUUGUUCUUCAACAUGUCCAGAUACAUGUCAAGAUAUAAUAUGGCCAAACCAAGCUAAAAUAUGUAAUUUAAUGUGUAGAUCAGGAUGUGAAUGCAUUUAUCCUUUUGUACGCUUGAAUCAAAAUUUAAUGAGUCCAUGUGUUCAUCCACGUAACUGUCAAUUUAGAGGUGGAAAUUAUGCUCGCAUUAAUCAUUAA